CACUGACUGGCACUGAUAGGUGGCACUGAUUGGCAUUGAUAGGUGGCACUGACUGGCACUGAUGGGUGACACUGAAAGGCAGUUCAGAUGGGCACUGAUAUGUGGCAUUGAUGUGCACUGGUAGGCACUGAUAUGUGGCACUGAUGGGCACUGACAUAGGGCACUGAUGGACACUGACAGGUGGCACUGCUGGGGCUACACUGAUCAUCAGGGCACACUGAUCAUCAGUGCCCUGAUGAUCACUGUCAGCGUGACAGCUCGAGAGGAGAGAAAUGCCGAUAACUGGCAUUUCCCUGUUCACAUG